CGGGUGUAAAUCGAGAGUGCCUAUACAUUAGUAUUGAUUUUACCAAUUUGGCAAAAAGAUGCGCAACCAAAUUACAGAAAGAAAAAAAAAAUCAAGUAAGCUCUAUAUAAUGAACUUGCGCCUGCACCUCAAUGUUCAGAACAUGUACGCACCCAAAAAUGGGUUCACUAUCUUCCGAUGCUCCCGUACACGCCGUCCUCUUCCCCUUCAUGUCCAAGGGCCACACCAUCCCCAUCCUCCACCUUGCCCGACUCCUCCUCCGCCGAAGCCUUGCUGCCGCCGUCACCGUCUUCACCACCCCCUCCAACCUCCCCUUCGUCUCCCGCCACCUCGCUGGCACCCCAGCCUCCGCCGUCUCCCUUCCCUUCCCAGGCGGUAUCUCGGGUCUCCCCUCUGGUGUCGAGAGCACCGACGCGCUCCCUUCCAUGUCCCUCUUCCCCGCCUUCGCCAGCGCCACCGCGCUCCUGCAGCCGAGCCUUGAGGCUGAGCUCCAGAGGUUGCACCCGCAGCCCACCUUCAUGGUGUCGGACGGGUUCCUGUGGUGGACCCUCGAGUCGGCCUCCAAGUUCGGCAUCCCUCGCCUGGUCUUCUAUGGCAUAAGCAACUAUGCCAUGGUGGUCUCCCGCGCCGUCGCCGUCGAGAACCACCUCCGAGGGCCAAUGGCGGAGGACGAGCCCUUCGCCUUGAACGCUUUCCCGUGGAUCAAGGUCACCAAGAACGACUUCGAGCGCCACUUCUCCCAGCCGUCGACGGAGGAUACCCCCCUGUUGGAGUUCGUCAUGAAGACCGUGGUAACGAUGGGGAAGAGCAAUGGCCUAGUCGUCAACAGCUUCAAAGAGCUCGAGCCGGCCUUCCUGGAGUACUGGAACAGCGAGUGCGUGCCGAGGGCUUGGUGCAUCGGGCCGCUGUUCCCGCUUGAGCGGCCGGUGGCACAUGACCCUCACGUGCGGACCACAUGGGCAGAGUGGCUGGAUAGGAAGCAAGCUGGCGGCGAACGCGUCCUGUACGCUGCGUUCGGGUCGCAGGCGGAGAUGCCGGCGGCACAGCUGCGAGAGAUCGCGAUCGGACUGGAGAGAUCCGGCGCGAGCUUCUUGUGGGUGGUCAAGAGUAGGGAGUCAGAGAUAGUCGCCGACGUCGACGGCGGGUUCAAAGACAGGUUCGAAGACAGGGUUAGAGGGAGAGGGAUGGUUGUGAGAGAGUGGGUAGACCAGCGAGACAUCCUCAUGCACGAGAGCGUCCACGGGUUCCUGAGCCACUGCGGGUGGAACUCGGUGCUGGAGAGCAUGUGCGCUGGGGUGCCGAUCCUGGCAUGGCCGAUGAUGGCGGAGCAGCCUCUGAAUGCGAGGAUGGUUGCGGAGGAGAUAGGAGUGGGGCUGAGGGUGGAGGCGGCGGAUGGGACGGUGAGGGGGUUCGUGAGCAGGGAAGGGUUGGCGAAGGCCGUGAACGAGUUGAUGGAGGGGGAUAGGGGAGAGGCAGUGAGGAAGAAGGUGAAGGAGGUGGCGGCGAUGGCGAGGAAGGCGGCGGAGGAGGGCGGCUCGUCGUGGACGGCGUUGGAGACCCUGGUAGAGGAGAUUUCCGGGAAGAGGGAGGACCCCACAGGCUGAGCUGACGAAGAUCAGGACAACAAAAAACCUAAGAUAUGUUCGAGAAAAAUUAAACUAUCAUCAGUCGCUUUUUCUUUUGAUAUGGACGAGACGAGUUUCCUUAA